AAGAGCAUAUAAUUAAAGAUCUCAUAAUAAUCAACAUCCACAAUUCGACAUUGUUUAGAAAGAAAGGGGUUGAGGAAUCGAAGAUCACUCAAACUAAAACAUUUCUUCAUUAUUCUAUUUAUGGCAUGUUUUACAGCCACAAAUCUCUUUCUUCCUACCCAUACCUGAAAAAUUAAUUUUUAUAAAUUAUUUAUUAUUAUGAUGAUGAUUUUGUCAGGACCCAGAAAUUUCAGAACUUGAGAUGCUUUUGGUGCAUUGAGGAUUGAGUAGCAUGUAUUCACCACUAUGGAUGAAGGGGAUACUGAGGAUGUGGCUCCUGUGAGUCGAGCGGAGGAUAUUCGAGCCCAAGGUAAAGAAAGUGAAAAUUUGGUGGAGAGCUGCAAUGUGUUGGAACCACGGGGGAGGGUUACUUUUAGGGAAGGGGAUAUCCGAAGGAGCUCAGUCCAGCAAUUUGUGGAUAUGUUAGGUGGAAACGAUGGCAAUAGUGAUGUAAAUGUAGCGGAAAUUCCUCGAGAUCCAUGUACAAGCUACCAUGAAAGUGGGGAGGUCAGAGUUCAGGAGCUAUUCUUGGGAGAUCACAGCUCUGGCUUUGGUACAAUGAAUGAGGGUGAGAUGAUGGAUACAAUUCUAAAUGAGUGGCAGCAUGGAUAUCAGCCGGGGAUCAGAUCAGAAGCUGAAACUUCACAUGAACACUUACUCCACAAGGAGAAAUCCUUCUCAACAUCAGGUGCUUGGAAAGACUCAAGACCUGCCAAUGUGUUGGCUGGGCAAGAAAUUAAUCAUAAUGCCAAUGUAAGCCCUGAUGAGACAACUCAAAAUGAAAGUGAUGCAGUUUUGCAGCAUGCCUUUUCAUCUGGGGCUAUGAGAAUGAAGAUUCUAUCCAGAUCUUCUGAAUGUCCAGAAUAUUUUGUUAGGAAUACACUAAAGGGUAAAGGGGUCGUAUGUAGAGGACCAAUUUCUGCUGCUGUAGAACUGAGGGGCCAAAAAAUUGCAAAGGCGGCUGCUGCUGCACCCAUAGCAGCCUCCAAUCUGCCAGUAAAUGUGGGACUAACUUCCAAUCCACCGGUAAAUGUGGGACCAAAAUCUCCUUUUUCAUCUAAUUACGGAGUCACUACUUCUGCUGGUUGUGAAUCUGUGAAUGAUGGCAUGAAUUUAAGGGAGUGGAUGAGAUCAAGGCAAAACAAACCGCAUAAAGUUGAUAGUUUAUAUGCUUUUAAGCAGAUUUUAGAGCUGGUGUAUUGUCUUCAUUCGGAUGGCAAGGUCUUGGCAGAUUUGCGUCCAUCUUCUUUCAGGCUGUUGCCGUCCAGAAAGAUCGAGUAUUUUGGGUGCAUAUGUGCACAGAAGGAAAUGCAGGGGAGUAUAAUUGGUAAGGAUAUUCUGAAGUCACAGACUCUGAAAAGACCAUUAGAGCUGGGUAUGUCAGCCCAAUCUUACUCGGGUGUGAAGCACCAGAAAUCUAUUGAUAAUGCAAACUUUUUCAAGUUGAAGUCACAGGUUCAAUUAGGAUGUGGCCCUAAACCAAUAACAAAUAAAAUUGAUGCCAAUCUUGCUGGUCCAGGAGUAUCUAAGACCUCAAGCAGGCUACAUUUGCUACCUUCAGCACAGCCGGCACUUUCUGUAAAUGAACAACAAGAAGAGAUUUGGUAUAGAAGUCCUGAGGAGCUCUGUGGCAGGGGUUGCACAGCCUCAUCAAAUAUCUACAAUCUUGGGGUCUUCUUAUUUGAGUUACUUAGCAGUUUUGACUCUGGGAAAGUGCAAGCUACAGCGAUGUCUGAUCUGCGUCAUAGAAUUCUUCCUCCCAACUUUUUAUCGGCAAACCCAAAGGAAGCUGGGUUUUGUUUGUGGCUUCUUCAUCCUGAACCUUCACUUCGGCCAACGGCCAGAGAUGUUUUACAAUCAGAAGUCGUGAGUGAAGUACAAGCAUUGUGUGGGGAUGAGAAAUUGUCAUCUAUUCAGCAAGAUGAAGGUGAAUCUGAGCUGUUAUUGCACUUUCUUUUGUCUGUGAAAGAUCAGAAGCAAAAACAUGCCUCAAAAUUGGUUGAAGAUCUAGGGUGCAUAGAUUCAGAUAUCAAAGAACUAGAGAAGAGGCACCUGUUGAAGAAGUCCAUGACUGCAACUUGCUCAGGAGAAGAGGGAUUACUCCAUGCAAGAGAAAGAGGUUUCCUUUACCACGGAGACAGGCAUCCUACCCCUGUCUUUGAUGGAGGAGACUCAAGGUUCAUGAAGAAUGUUUCUCAGCUGGAAAGUGCUUACUUUUCUGCACGAUCCCAAAUCCAUGAAUCUGUGAAUGAUACUGUGGUUCGUGCAGACAGGGAAAUUCUCAAAAGUAGAGAGAAAUGGUAUUCAGAUCAACAUGAUGAAGAAAUACAGGAACCUUUGGAUGACCAAGGAGCUUUCUUUGAUGGCCUAUGCAAGUAUGCUCGCUACAGCAAGCUCAAACUUUGUGGGACUUUAAGAAAUAGGGAUAUAAUUACGAACUCUACUAAUGUUGUCUGCUCUCUGAGUUUUGACCGAGAUGAGGACUACUUUGCCGCAGCUGGAGUAUCCAAGAAAAUAAAGAUUUUUGAUUAUCAGGCAGUUUAUGACAAUUCUGUUGACAUUCAUUAUCCUGUUAUUGAGAUGUCAAACAAAUCAAAGCUCAGUUGUGUCUGCUGGAACAAUUAUAUCAAAAAUUAUUUGGCUUCAACAGAUUACGACGGUAUUGUCAAGUUGUGGGAUGCCAGCACUGGUCAAGAGUUUUCUCAGUAUACCGAACAUGAGAAAAGGGCAUGGUCCGUUGAUUUUUCUAUGUUGGAUCCCAUGAAGUUGGCUACUGGAAGUGAUGAUUGCUCUGUAAAAUUAUGGAGCAUCAAUGAGAAAAAUUCUUUGCAUACAAUUCGGAACAUUGCAAACGUGUGCUGUGUUCAGUUUUCUGCUCACUCAUCCCAUCUGCUGGCCUUUGGGUCUGCUGAUUACAAGAUAUAUUGCUAUGAUCUCCGUAAUGCUAAUGCUCCAUGGUGUGUGUUGGCUGGUCAUGAGAAAGCUGUUAGUUAUGUGAAGUUUGUUGACUCUGCAACCCUUGUUUCUGCAUCAACUGAUAACACAUUGAAGCUUUGGGAUCUUAGCAAAUCUAAUGCUGCUGGCUUGUCCAACAAUGCUUGCAGCUUAACCCUUGGUGGGCAUAAGAAUGAGAAGAAUUUUGUGGGCUUAUCUGUCGGUGAAGGGUACAUAGCUUGUGGUUCAGAAACAAAUGAGGUUUAUACUUAUUAUAAAUCUCUUCCUAUGCCAAUUACCUCACACAAGUUUGGCUCAGUUGAUCCAAUAUCUGGAAAAGAGACUGAUGAUGGCAAUGGGCAGUUUGUUUCCAGUGUAUGUUGGAAAGGAAAAUCUAAUGUGCUUGUUGCUGCCAACUCCAGUGGAUGUAUAAAAGUGUUAGAGAUGGUUUAAGGAUUCAUAUUUACAAAACCAAUUGAGAAUUUAGUAUGUCUCCACACUCCAUCUUAUUCUGUAUUGGAUUCCUCUGGCGACUGUUCUGUGAAGGCGACUUGAUAUGAUCAUGCACUCUUUUUUCAUGAAGAGUGUGCCUUUGAUAAUGUUGCAUUUCUCCCAAAUGACAUGGUACUGCAGAUGUGAGGAUGGAUUGUUGUCGAACUAAUGCUGUGGUUCUUGGUAAUUCUCUAGCCAAAUCACAUUCUUUCUCAAUCGGUGGGGCUGGACCGGCCGGUAGCAAAAGAUUAUGGGCUGAAGGGUUUUUCAGUUAAAGAAAUCAAGUAUUCUCAUAAAACGCAUGGGUUGAAGAGAGAUGGAAGAGACUAUAUGCUUGAGUUUGAGUUCAUGUUCGUUGAUCAUGGUCCCAAUUGCUCAGGAGUACAUUUGAUUUUGACUCGAGACUGCUUAUUCCUGAUGGAUAGUGCAUUACCGGUCAGGGUUCAUCAAAUGUGAAUCAGGGACUUAAUUAAAUCUCGUGAACGUUUAAAGAGCGCAGACCUUCGAUCUUAACAGUGGCUGAAUUUUGGAGGAUUUAGAAGGCUUGACCAGAGGUCAUGCAUUUACAGGUAUAGAGGAGGAGGGGGGAGAAUUCAAGGUAAUGCAGGUUUUGAAACGAUGAGCUAUUGCAUUCGCAUUACGUCUGACCAAUCGACGGCGUGACACAAGAGGGAGGCCUUCCUUCACACACUCAUCAUAUUCCUCAAGAGCCGCCACAAUGUAACUAAAAUCUGGCCUUUUGUUUGGGUUUGCUGCCCAGCAUCUCUUUAUUAGAUGUGCUAAGGCAGGCUGACAACUUGCUGGUAAGGGAGGCCGAGCGUUCUGGCCAUACAAUAACACAAUUUAACAUCAGAUCAAACCGAUUGUAUGUUAAUCUAAAAUUCUCUUAGAAUUGUUAGAAGUUACGUUCUAUCCGUAGUCAAUCUGAACUGUCGUGUUAAAUUUGUUUUGUAAUGUAGAGACUAGAUGUCUAAAUGCAAAUUGUAAAUGUGCUGUGUACUUUUGACAUUCUAGUGAUAAUAAACUAGUUUUGUAGUGUAAAGACUAAAUUCAGACAAAGGUAGUAUUAUACACACGCAGUAUGUGCGAUGUACUUUUGACAUUCUAAUGAUAAAAGGGUAAUUUACUAUCAAUUCAUCUCUA